AUGAGGGGCGACAUGACGAAUUCACAGUCGUCCCACGCCCUGUCGGGCUUGCUGGACUCAAUGCAGGAUCCAAAUGCAUCCGCAUAUUCCCUGCUGGGCCCGACAGAGUAUCCCGAGAGCGUGGCAUUCUGGCACGACCCCUCCGCCCCGACCAUGAGGGUAGCCCCCUCAUAUCAGGCCGUGCCUCUCGCCGAACAGAAGAAACAUAAGCGCACUCGCAGCGGCUGCUUCACCUGCCGCUCCCGCCGAAUCAAAUGCGACGAGAACCGCCCCGUCUGUGAACGGUGUAGGAAGGGCAGUCGGGAUUGUGUCUAUCCAUCACCCGCGCCCUCAUCCUCCAAGGCCAGCGCCAGAAACGCCAAAUCGCGCGGUUAUCGGCCUCCCUCCCAGGGGAGUGACUCGUCGGGGAAGGUCGAGGCCGAAGCUCUCAGCCCUUUGGAACCCAUCCUCGACGAGGAGGAACCCGAUGCCACAUCGGAUUCCCGACCGUCGCCCAUCAUUUCGAGCGCACGACCGAAGAUCCAUAAAAGCCGGAGCACACAGUCGCUGUGGAAAUCCUCCUGGCAAACAGACACCGCCUUUGUGAAAGAACAGAGUAGCUCACCGUCAACCGAAUCAUCCCGCUUGGAGUCGAUGAGCGUGCGCUCGGGCAGCAUCGGACAUUCCACGGCGGAAUUGAUCAACAAUGCGCGCCUCUCGGACGAUGUGCGCUUUUAUCUAUCCUUCCACCAAGAAUUUAUGACCACCCCCCACUUCUUCCUAAGACAGAGCUGUUUCCAUUUCAUCCACCAUAACCUGAUCGAGCUGGCCUUGCAGUAUGAGCCUCUCCUCUACGCCCUGGUGGGCUUUUCGGCCUACCAUCACAGCCUGCACACCGAGGGGAAACUCUCUACAUUCCUGAAAUACUACAACAAAGCAUUGGUCCUCCUCCGGAAGUCAUUGGGCUCGGGGGAGCCGCACACCGAGGCCACACUUUGCACCGUUCUGGUAUUAACUACAAUCGAGGAAUACAUCGGCGACUGGAUGAACUUGAUCGACCACCAUCGAGCGGCCCAUGCACUAAUGCGAGAACUGCUGACACCGGAAUCAUCUAAUCUGAAUGAGUUACACACCAACAUCUUCUUAUGGUACGCGCGAUUCGAUGUCGUCGUGGGCAUCCUAGCCGGUACCGAAACAUGCCUCAGUCGAGACUGGUACCUAGCCAAGGAACAGCACGAUGCAGAACAAGCCGCCCUCUACCCCGACGACCCAUCCAAACAACUCGAACUCGUGGGAUCCAUAAAUCGUCGCUUUGGCUUGGAUAUGGCUUCUCUUUAUGCGAAACUGUCUCGCGGCAUGGUCUCGAUGGAGCAAUUUGCUGUUCAGAACGAACAGCUGGGCGCGUGGUUGGAACAGGCGAAGAUCAUUCUGAGAGCUUUCGACGAUUACGAGUACAAAGUGCAGGAGUUCCCACACAAACAACCCUUGACCGAAGACGAUAUUACGGAUCCAUAUAUGCCGGGUGGGUUACACCGGGGUGCUCUCUGGGAUUUCAACUACGCCUGGAUUGACAUCCUCUCCACGGAGACCAUGUAUAAGUUCCAAACCAUGCAAGUUCUCCAGCAGCCCAUGCUUCAAGAAUUGCAGGAUUUGUCCCAGGAACAGUGCCGUCUGAUUGAAACCAUGGAGCGCUGGCCAUACAAAGAGAACGGAUAUUGCAUAAUGUUCAAGAACAGCAUCGGAAUGGCGAGCAUGUUCCUCCCAAAAGACCACAAACACCAGAUGUGGUCGCGGCGCAAAAUGGCUAUAAUGGAACAGAACGGAUAUAUCAUCCCACCUUCGUUCCGCAUGGCCCUUUCUGCUAUCUGGCACCAACCCGAAGUCAACCAUUGGUGGCUUCCCAACGACGAAGGAUAUACAAACAUCGUCCGAGAAAUUCGUGAAUUAACAGCCGAGCGCUCCGCACAGCCGCGGGACGAGCUGCGUGAAAACGUCCGUGAUAUGAAAACUCUCUUCGGGCGACUUAAUGUCAAUGACUUGGAAGAUGGGAGUAGUCCCACCAGCACCAACAGUGGGCAUCAUUGA